UUUGAUAAAUAGACCCCUAUAUGUUAUACCCCAGGGUCCAUGAGGCAUAAAUCCACUAUUUUCACAUAUAUAUGUAGAAAAGAGCGGGUGGGCACAUGCAGAUGGAGGCGACGCAGAGACACAAGUAUCACCCCCAAGUGACAAACUGACACAAACAAGUAAACACGGAAAUUGCCAUUCCCAUCCCAGAGAUGAGCCAGCCCUUCCCUCCAACCCAACCCAAGGAAGCUGUCACACAGCACAUUGUGUCAGAGGCAAAGGCAGAAGGAGAGGGUAGGACAAAAAUAGCUCAGAUAAAAGAGGAGCCAACUUGUGCCCGAGAAAGGGUUAAAGAGGGGGGAGAAUGGGGAAAAGGAAAGAGGGGAAAAGUUAGGGGGUGGUGGGACUCAUAUCCCAGCUGAAGAGGAAAGAAGCCCAUUUGGGGCAGGAAGGAAGAGAAGGAGCGAUGGACUGAACUUAGGAAAAGAAGCGCAGAAAAGCAAAUACGUGCGAAACGCGUGGUGUUGAAUGAAAAAAAAGAAGAAAAUAAGGGGAAAGAGUGAGCCAUCAAUAGACAAAGCAGAGAGAGAGAGUCAGAGAGAGACAGAGACAGAGAGAGAAGAAUUAGAAGAAGGGGCAGAUUGUACAGUUGCCCCCCCCCCCACCCCUGCCAUAAAACGAGGGUGAGCUGGAGGUGAGGAAUCCAGGAGGCUGAGCAGAGAGAAUGUAGAGUGAAAAGAAAGGAGGAAUCCAGGUGGAGGAGGCAGAAGAGACACAGAAGAGAUAAGGAGCAGAGAGUGGAGCUGGAGCAGCUGAGGAUGCAGCACCUAUGGAAUCUGGGAGUAAAUAGUGGAGCACCAGAACCCCAAAAAACAAUGGAACUUGUGAUCCGUCUCUCCGUCGGAACCAUCUUGUUCUUGAGUCUGUUUCCUCUGUGCCAGACAAGGUUGGCGAGGCCGCCAAGAUGGAGAUGCCCAAUUGCCUGCAACUGCACCAUCGACAAUGUUCUCUGUGACGGAUCCACCUACAUACCCAGCAGCUACUCCACUGAUAUUGUCUCAGUAUCUAUAAUGCGAUGCAGGUUCCCGGCCAUCCCCCCUGGGAGCUUCACCCCCUCCAUGUCCCUGCAGAUCCUUCUCUUUACAUCCUGUUCCUUUGAUACAAUUGCAGACGAUGCCUUCCAGGGUCUCAAGAACUUGGAAUACCUGUUCAUUGAAAACAACAAAAUCAAGUCCAUUUCCAGGAACACUUUCCGAGGUUUACAUUUACUAGUUCACCUGAGUUUAGCCAACAACCACCUCGAAUCCCUCCCACGCGGCUUGUUCCUCAAUCUCCCGGCUGUCAAACAUAUAGAUUUGCGGGGUAACCCCAUGCACUGCGGCUGCCCAAUUAAAUGGCUGAUGCAGUGGACACGUGGAGUAGGGAAGAACAUUGGCCUCUGGCCUCCGCUGCCCUGCGAGGAACCUGCAAAGCACAGAGGAAAGAGCUUGACCGACCUGUCGGAGAAAGACUUCUACUGUGUGAAAAGCAGCAUGGUUCGGCGAUGGAGCUUCAGGUUACCGUCUCUUUCAGUCCAGUCAUUUGAUUUUCUCUCUGACCAUUUUGUGGUGAUCGCUCAUCCAUUUGAAGGCCGCUGCACCUUUCUGGAGUGGGACCAUUCAGGCCAUGUCUUCAGGCACUAUGACAGCAUCAAAGGUCUGUCUGUUGUCUCCUGUCUUCCCAUGGUUAUAGGAGAUCAGCUCUUUGUGGUUGUUGCACAGUUAUUUGGUGGAUCUUCUGUGUACCGACUGGAUCCCUCUCCAGGCCUCAUCUCCCCCUUCCGUAUUUUACAGCAAUUGCCUGACAUACGCAAACCCAAUGACAUAGAGGCCUUCACAACGGGAGAUGGUGAACAUUAUUUCAUUAUAGCAGACAGUGCCAAAUCUGGAGCCAGUACUUUGUAUCGGUGGGAUGGCCGGGGCUUCUACCCUCACCAGACUCUCCCCCGAUGGUACAAAGACACAGAUGCGGAACCUCUGCUCCUUUCAGGCUCCCCACAUCUCAUUAUGAGCAGCAGCUCCCAAAGACCUGUAGUGUAUCGAUUUGAGGACAAGCAUCUCCGGCGCCUCACAGAUAUUCCCGAAGCUUGGGAUGUGUAUGCCGUGAAGCAUUUCACAGACCCAGAGGAUGGAAUUUUUGCCUGUUUGGUACGAUAUAUGGGAGACUCAUCGCUUGUGCGUUGGGAUGGUUCAAUGUUUAAGGAACUCCAGCAGAUUCCUUCUAGAGGAUCUCAUGUCUUCCAGCCUCUUUACCUGGGACGGCAAUGGUACGCGAUUUUGGGACAGGAUUUUGGCUAUGCUUGGGUUUACAAAAUGGAAAAGUGGGAUCACUGGGAGGUGGAAGAUGGAAGUGAUAAAGAGAGACAGAAGGGACCACUUGUUCCUCUGCAGGAACUCAAGGUGGUAGAAGGUCGGGCUUUCACCAGCAUUCGGGUACGAGGCAGGCAGUUUGUCUUUGUGGCAAGUUUUGGUGGCGAUACUGUUGUGUAUGAAUAUGUUCAGGAGGAAAGCAUAUGAACUUGGUUUCCUCUGCUCAUAUGGACAUUGCCAAGAACUAAACUAAUUUCUUGCUAAAAAGGCCUCAGUACAGGGAAGACCUUUGCCAGUCUUACGGUUUCCCGCUCUAGAGGCAAUUAAGGUGUUUCUCCUGGUGGCUUUGCUUAGUCUUUGGUAUUUUGGAGUAAUGUCACGUUGUGCCACCUUGGAGAUGUCUAACACUCAACAGUUUGGAUGGUUUUAAGAAAAGAGAAAUGUGGGAAGGUUAAAUUUAGCAACAUGUGGUGAGAAUUCUGCCAAUAUGAUCCUAUCUGAUGCUUCUUCAGUGGCAUCAAAGGGGUGGACAUUGUAUAAUUAACUGAAUGGAAAGGGCCUAGUGGUUAAGGGGUUCCAUGAACAUAUACAGGUCCACAGACAGAGGUAUAUAUAUGUAUAUAUGGUAUUCUCCUUGGUCAUACUUUUAUACUAAUAAUCACAAUUAUUCAUUUAUAACCAAAUUGUAUUAAAAAGGAAAUCAAAGAUGUCCAUAUUUUUAUAAUCCUGUUUUUUUCUAAAAGCUUAAACAGAUCAAAAUUUGAUUUUAAAGAAGGAUAUUAAAGUCACUGAGAAGUUCUGUGA